AUGUUCAGUGUUGCCCGGGUUUUCGAUGGAAAUUGGUCACCGUGGAAUGUAUGGUCUAAUUGCACAGCAAAUUGUAAUGGAGGUGAACUGAUGGACAGUACCGGUCAAUGUGUUCAAGAAUCAUCAUGCCAGUGUGAAUAUCAGGGCCGUGUUGUGCUACCUGGACAAAGUAUAUCAAUUCCUGAUAAAUGUCAAGAAUGCAAAUGUACGAACGGUUGUUUGACAUGUGAAACUGCUGAGUGUGUACCACAAUGUCAGUGGUCUGACUGGUCGCCAUUUGGUGAAUGUUCCGAACCGUGCAAUGGCACUCAAGCACGAUAUCAAACAUUGCAAGGGCCAAACUGUAAUGAUAAUUCAACGAACUACGAUACGCGUCCGUGCAGUACAGUUCAAACAGCCUAUCCAAAAGGAUGUUCAACAUGUACAUGUACAAAUAAUACUGAAAAAUGUGUAACAAAUUGUGCAAUCGAUGAAAGCGCUUGCUCAAAAAUUCAAGAUCCACUAUACGAUUAUAUCUAUGAAUUACCAACAAAUGGUGAAUGUUGUGGAACAUGCAAAAAAUUGCCAAAAGCUGAAUUAUGCGCAGUCCAACAACUGCCGGCUGAAUACCUUGUCAGCGGAAACUGUACAUCUGUGGCACCUAUUCCUGCUCAACAAUGUAUUGGUAGUUGUAUAUCUUAUACCAUGGCAGGAUUGUGGGAAACAGACCACGGCGAUAGCAAGCAUAACGUUUGCAGAUGUUGUCAGCCAGAGAACGAAACACCACAACAGGUACAAAUGAAUUGUACAACAAAUGGAAUAAGCACAAUUGAAUCGAUGACCUAUUAUAACAUUGACAGCUGCCGAUGUUUGGCAUGCGGCGGUUUCUAG